AUGUCGCGCACCGCAGACUCCUCACCCAGAGGCUCCAACUCUCCCUCGCCGUAUCCAUAUCCGCACACCAACCCCAUGCAUGACGCUGCCGCUGCCGCAGCCGUAGCUGCCUCUCCUCCCACCGCCGGUCCUUCCACGCGCCGCACCAUCGUCGACACACUCAUGCACGACCGCUCCGACUCGCCCGCCAGCUUCUCCGCGCCCCGCGCUCCCCCUUCCCCCUCCAGCACCUCCCAGUCCGACGACGGCAAUCCGCAGCAAGACUUCGCCGACCUCGCCUCCAUCGACGAUGCCGACUCGCGCGCAAACUCCAACGCUCGCGCCUUUGACCCCGCCGCCGUUCGCCUCUCCCGCAGAGGCACCUUGAUACCCGCCUCCCCCACCUCCUCCAACGGCACCUGGAUCCUCCAAGACGCUCCGCUCAACCACGCCUCCAACCUCCCGCACGAGAUCCUCCUCCACAUCUUCAAGUACCUCGUCCUCUAUCCGCCCGACCUCCUCUCCUGCCUCCUCGUCUGCAAGUCGUGGUGCCUCAACGGCGUCGAGCUCCUCUGGCACCGCCCGGCGCUCUACAAGAUCUCGUCGCUCUUCAAGCUCGUCGGCGUCAUCCGCAAGCCCGAACAGCUCUUCCCCUACGCCGACUUUGUGCGCAGGCUCAACUUUACGCUGCUCGCAAACCAGCUCGAGGACCAGCUCUUCCUCAUGAUGGCCGCCUGCACCCGCCUCGAGAGGCUCACGCUCGCAGGCUGCUCCAACAUCACCGACGCCACCCUCGUCAAGGUCUUCCAGUGCACCCCGCACCUCGUCGCCAUCGACCUCACCGACGUCGCCGACAUCACCGACGCAACGCUGCUCACCCUCGCCGCCAACUGCCCCAAGGCGCAGGGCGUCAACCUCACCGGCUGCAAAAAGAUCACCUCCCACGGCGUCGCCCAACUCGCCACCGCCUGCCGCCUCCUCCGCCGCGUCAAGCUGUGCGGCUGCGACAACAUUGACGACGAGGCGCUCAUGGCGCUCACCCAGCACUGCCCCGCGCUGCUCGAGGUGGACCUCAUCCACUGCCCCAAGGUCUCGGACCGCUCCAUGCGCGAGGUGUGGAUGCGCAGCUUCCAGAUGCGCGAGCUCAGGCUCUCUCACUGCACCGAGCUUACCGACAACGCCUUCCCGUCCGCGCGAGGCACCACGGGCGUGCCCAUGCUCGGCACCUCGCACUCGGCAGGCUCGCGCUCCGCCAUGGUCGCCUCGGCCUAUGCUCCCGAUUCGGCGCCCACCAGCCGCGGCGUCUCGCCCGGUGCGGAUGGCAGGCGCGGCGACGCCGGCCUCACGCGCACGCUCACCGCGCCCUCGAUGAGCAUCGCCGGCGACCUUGCGCACGGCCGGCUCUUCGACCAUCUGCGCAUCCUCGACCUCACCAGCUGCCUCUCCAUCUCGGACGACGCCGUGGAGGGCAUCGUGGCCAACGUGCCGCGCCUCAAGAACCUCGCGCUUACCAAGUGCACGCGUCUCACCGACGAGGCGCUGUACAGCAUUGCGAAGCUGGGCAAGAAUCUGCACUACCUGCAUCUGGGUCACGUCUCCAACAUCACCGAUCGCGCGGUGACGCAUUUGGCGCGCAGCUGUACGCGGCUGCGCUACAUUGACGUGGCCUGCUGUCCGAAUCUGACGGAUCUGUCGGUGACAGAGAUUGCGAACAACAUGCCCAAGCUGCGGCGCAUCGGGUUGGUCAAGGUGAUCAAUCUGACAGACCAGGCGAUCUAUGGGCUGGUGGACCGCUACAACUCGCUCGAGCGCAUCCACCUGAGCUACUGCGAGAACGUGUCGGUGCCGGCGAUCUUUUGCGUGCUGCAGCGGUUGACUCGGCUGACGCAUCUGUCUCUCACCGGGGUGCCUGCUUUCCGGCGGGCCGAGUUGCAGGCCAUGUGUCGUCCACCGCCCAAGGACUUUAACGAGCAUCAGCGACAGGCGUUCUGCGUGUACUCGGGCAAGGGAGUGCAUGAUCUGCGCAAGUUUCUGCAGCAUGUCUAUUCGGACGAACAGCUGGCUGCCGAGUUUGGCCAGUUGGAGCCACGCGCGAGGAAUGCGCUUACGGGCUUGACGCUCGAAAAUGCCGCGGGGCAGGAUGCGAGGCUGGGGCAGUUGAGGGUCGUGGCCCAGCCCGAAGCGAGGAGGGUACAGCUUUCGCCGGCCGAGCAGAUGUACUAUGAACAGCACCGCGAGCUGGCGCGGUAUGCCAACGCCCGCCGCGCAACUGAAGAUGCAACGCUCCUCAAUAGGCCUCGGUCCACCGAGGACCAGAGGGCAUUGGUGGAUGCGCAGCAUGAGCGCAACCCGGGUCUGCCACUCGUUGCGCCGCAGCGCGAUGUGCAGCUGCCAGACAUACAGACGUCUCUACCGGACGAGCCCAUGGACACCGAAGCGCUGCGAGCCCGAAGAGCCGCCCAUUUCGGCAACUGA